AUGUUGCUAGUUUUAAAUCUGUGCUUUAGGAGGUUUUCCUUUUUACAUUUCUUUAUAUAACUCUUAGGAGGUGGAAGGUGAGAGGAGAGACGACGUACCAUAUAUAACCAGAUUAGCACUGUUAACCAGCUCUGUUACUGUGUGUGACUGGGCACAUCCACCCAAGUACUGGAAUGUCUUUCUUCCCCGGUAUGUGACUCGGUAGAGAGGAGCGAAUCAAGAUUCACACCUUGUACAGCCGCAUUCAUGGAGUCUGCCGCGGCGAGUGCUUUCUUGAAGAGCGUGAUGGGGAGGCUCUUCCUGGUGCUGGAGAAGGAGUACAACAAGCACAAGGGCCUUGCGCAAGCGACCCAGUCUAUCCAGCAGGAUCUCCGCAUGAUCGCUGCCGCCAUGGACGACCAGCUCCGCACCUUGGGCCCGAACGACCGCACGGCCGUCGCAAGGAUGUACAGAGAGGAGAUACUUGAUCUGGCACACGACAUCGAGGACUGUGUUGACCGCUUCAUGCAUCGCCUCAGGUGCAAGCAGCGCAGCGGCGGCGGCGGGGCGGGGGCCCUCGUGCAUCGGGUCGCUCACGAACUGAAGAAGGUUCAGAGCCGUUGUAGCUUCGCCGACGAGAUUCAAAAGCUCAAGAGGCGCCUCAAGGAUGCGCAUCAGCGGGUCAUCGACGGCGGCUCUAUUUCCUGCGGUGGUCAACCCGGUGGAUUGUCGUCGACGGCGGCAUACUCAAAACCGUCCCACGUCGCGCGCAACCGGCCCGUGGGCUUCGAGAAGCCUGUGGAGGAGCUCCUCUCGCUGCUAGACGAGGUGGACGGCGAGCCGGAGCAGCUGAGGGUCAUCUCAGUCGUGGGGUUCGGUGGCUUGGGGAAGACCACCCUCGCGAGGGCAGUCUACGACAGCCCUCAGACCAAGGCAAAAUUCGACUGCCGUGCUUGGAUUGCUGCCACCGGCGACUCGCCGAAGACCAGAGAUGGGAUGAGGGGGAUUCUGCGUGAUAUACUUCAGCAAGUUCGUCCCAGAGACACCAUGGAUUUUGACAGCCAACAUCUUGAGGCCUCGCUCAAAGAAUACCUCAACGAUAAGAGGUAUUUAUUUGUGAUCGAUGACAUCCGGUUGGAUGAAUGGAGCACGGUUAACUCAGCCUUUGAAGACAACAGUACAAGCAGCAGAAUAAUACUUACAACAACUAUUCAGUCAGUGGCUAAUAUGUGCAGCCAUGGCAAUGGUUACGUGUACCAAAUGGACACUCUUGGUGAAGAAGACUCCAAGAAGAUAGCCUUUCCCGGGGUCAGGUCACCUGAGUUGGAGCAGGGUUCAGCAGCUCUGCUGGGAAAAUGUGAUGGCCUUCCACUUGCUCUGGUCAGCGUUUCCGACUAUUUGAAGAGUUCAAGUGAACCCACAGGAGAGCUGUGUGCAAAGCUAUGCCGCAACCUGGGUUCUCAUCUAGAGGAGAAGCAUCAUGGCCAUGACAACUUCUCGGAUCUAAGGAAGGUGCUUCUCGGCAACUACGACAGUUUGUCAGGCUAUGCACUAACUUGCUUGCUGUAUCUUGGCAUAUUCCCCAACAAUCGUCCCCUCAAGAGGAAGGUUGUAAUCAGGCGGUGGUUAGCAGAAGGGUAUGCACGAAGCGACUCCCUUCGCAGCGAACAGGAUAUCGCAGAGGAGAAUUUUGAUAAGCUUAUCGACAAGAACAUCAUUCACCCUGUUGACACGAGAAACAAUUCGCAAGCCAAGACGUGCAAAACUCAUGGAAUAAUGCACGAGUUCGUGCGGCACAAGUCCUUGUCCCAGAGAUUCAUCGCGACACCAUCUCCUGAUAAUCCGAGACCUGGCAUAGAUGCUAAUAAUGCUCGUCACCUUUCUAUCCAUUGUGGUGAACUGGCAGAAUGCAUGGAAUCUGGCGUAGAUUUAUCUCGUGUCCGAUCUUUGACGGUCUUCGGGGAUGCAGAUGGUGUCAUUUCUUAUGUUCACAAGUGUAAGCUGAUGCGUGUCUUGGAUCUAGAAGAAUGCAAUGUCUUGGAGGACCAUGAUCUCAAACACAUAUGCAGACUAUGGCAUCUGAAAUAUCUGAGCCUCGGGGGUACUGUCUGUGAACUUCCGAGGUGCAUUGAAGGACUGCACUGCUUAGGGACACUGGAUUUAAGGAGAACAAGGAUAAAAUCGUUGCCCAUCGAGGUCAUUCAGCUUCCCCACUUAACUCAACUGUUUGGAAAAUUUAUGCUUGAUAAAGAUGACCUGAAGAAUGUGAACAAGAUGAGUAAACUACAAAGGUUCUUAUCUGGAAAGAAGAGUAACUUGCAGACUUUAGCAGGAUUUGUCACUGACGACAGAAAUGGAUUUCUGCAGCUUAUGGGUGAUAUGAAUAAACUGAGGAAGGUUAAGAUAUGGUGCAGACCUGCUGCAAACAGCAGUAAUUAUAUAGAUGAUCUCUCAAUGGCCAUUCAGCAAUUCAACAAGGUUUCCAUAGAUAGGGACAGUGAUCGUUCUCUGUCACUUGUUUCUGAAGAACCCUCCGAAAAUUUUCUGAAUUCACUUGUUUUGGAACCAUGCCCCGAAGGUUUCAAAUAUGAUCUAAGGUCGCUGAAGCUACAUGGCAAGUUACCCCGAUUGCCGCCAUUUGUUGCCUUGCUUUCUGGUCUCACUGAGUUGUGCAUUUCAUCAGAUACAUUGACACGGGAUCUUCUAUCAGCAGUGGUCAAUUUGAGCAGAUUGCUUUACCUCAAACUGAUUGCAGACCAACUAGAGCAUUUAGAAAUCAAACAUGGGGAGUUCCCAAGCCUACGACGCCUGUGCUUUGCGGUGCAAAGCCUCACUUCAGCUCCGCCAACCAUCGAACAAGGAGCUCUGCAAAACAUUGUCUCACUUCAGCUGCUCUGUCGAGGUCCGAUUGUCCUUUCAGGCAUCAAGAUCAGAAACUUCAAAUACCUCAAGGAAAUCACAAUUGACUCUAAAGCAACUGCAGAAACAAGACAACAUUGGGAAGGGUCAGCAAAGAACCACCCAAAUAGGCCCAGAGUUUUGUUGCUCGAAACGGCUGAUCCGAUGGAAAGCGAGGAACCGGGGCCUUGUGCCAUGACGGAGAAGCGGAAAAGGACUGUAGACCAACCUAGUUCAGAUGGCGGACUGGAUUCUAGUCUAAAAAAAAUGAGACUUUCAGAGCCUUCUUUCUUCGAGGUUUCAAGAGAUCAUCCGUCCGGUGGUGGCAACGGGGCGCAAUGUCAUCAUGCAAUAUUCCAGCUCCUCAACACAUUGAUUAACCUGGUCGUUAGUUGGUAAGUCUUCUGCUCGUCUCAUUUUCUGGUAUGUGUUCAUGAUCAUACAUCCGUGUCUUUCUUGAAGAUAGAAGCCCUUUGUAAUAGAAUCAAGCCGGCUAUUGAGGAUACUAUAGCUACACGAACGCAACAUAGCUUUUUGUCCAAGAUGGUUAUAUCUUGUACGACAGUGGCCAUUUUUGUGGCACAGAAUGUGUCUUACUGUGCUACUUGGGUGUAGCAGACUGCAAUGAUGCAGCUGAUUCGCCUUGUAUUCUACAUUCAGACAUAAGAGAUGCAGAACUGCUGUUGUAUGUACGGUCUAGUUAGGUUUAAGGAACUCUGUACCGGAUAAGCAUGUCCCGUUACCUUUUGCCAAA